AUGGCGACUACCACGCACGCCCCCUCCCUCCGCGUUUCCCGCUUUAGCGCCACUCUCCACCACAGCACGGCUGCCUCUUCCCGCCUCUCGAGCCGCCUCCGCCGCUGUCCGGUCUCUCCUCUUUCGCGUGCCCCCCUCUCCGCGACUGUUCCGCGCGCCCCCCAACUCCGCGCCCGGCUUCUCCGCGGGCCUGUCCGCGCAAGCGGGGGGAGCAGCGGGAGAACCGCAAAAGACCCAUCAGACGAUGAUGACUUCGCGUUAGCGGGGGUGUUCUUACUGGGGAUAGGCGCGGGCGUGUCGGUGGACACGGUGCUGAACGUGGAGCCCAGCAACGUGGCGUCGCGGGAGGUCAUCGACCGCCAGACGCCCAACCCGGACAUCUGCCUCGCCAACGGCAUGAGCGCCAUGGUGCUCGACCAGCGCCUCUUCAUCUCCUUCAAUCCAUUCAACGUGUAUGUGUCCCAGGCAGAGGUGAAACCAGGAUUCAACGUGUAUGUGUCCCAGGCAGAGGUGAAACCAGGGUGUGUGCUGCGGCAGAGCAACUGGCACGUGCUGGAGUCCAAGGGCCUCGUGUCGUCGGAUGAAGUGCGCGACUGCAAGCGCAACAUGAACACGUUCGGCUUCGUGGGCGACCUGAGGGAGUCACCUGAGGUGUCGUGUGUGUACCACAGUGAGACGGCGGAGAAUCUGUUUCUGGAAGACGCGAGCAAGUCUAAGAUCCGGAUUGGUGGGAGUCAGUAG